UAAUUUACUCAAUAAAACAAUACAUAAUAAUUGUGUAGAUACAAAGUAUUUUAAAUCAUAGUCGCCUAGAUUAGCUGGGCCAGCCACAUUACAAUGACUGACGCUCGUAUAGCCGUCGCCCGGCCUCGAGUGCCAAAAGAAGACGACGGAUCAACCUUGUCAUGGGAGGAGUUGCUCUCAUCUUAUAGAGUUGCUUUCAUCAGAGGAUAUUUCCGCUUCAGAAACAGCGUGCGCAACCGUGUGUGGCCAACCACGACCAACAACCUGGUUGUGGUGUGCGGGUUAUCUCAGUACCUGCUGCACUACCAGCCUCCCUCCCUACACUACCUCACCCGACACCUCAACACCAUGGCCACUGCUCUGCCACUACCAGCAAGUUCACCCACGUGGGUUCGCAACGCCGUGGUGUCGUGCGGCAUCAGUGUCGGGUUCUUCGUGGUUCUCAUGCGUGUACGACAAUAUCUGCUGCGUAUACUGCUGGCGUAUCGCGGCUGGAUGUACGAGAAGCCCCGGGAGAUGUCCCUGAAGACGCGCGUGUGGGGCGUGUGUGUGAAGCUCGUGUCGGGGUACCAGCCCAGCCUGUACUCCUGCCAGCGGUCCCUACCACGCAUGCCGGUACCUCCUCUGCACGCUACCAUGGGUUGUCAUGGCCGAGUCAUGCCGAGCUUACAAGCUGCUCAGAGGCUGCACUUCAAGCCCGGCCGAGGCGGACAUGAGCGGCUGAUUUACGCGCUGCCCGAGUCCUGGGCGGCGCCUGAUGCAGAGGAGAAGUAUGCGUACCUAAUGAACCGUACACCGCUGGCCAUCAACAGCAACUACUACUGUCUGGACCACUACAGCUGGGCACCCACCACCAAGCAGGUAUCUCGCGCCGCUAACGUGAUCUACUCGCUGUGCGUCAUGCGCCGCCUGAUAGACCGCGAGCAGCUACAGCCGCUGUGUCUGCGUGGCACAAUACCCAUCUGUAUGGCGCAGUACGAGCGUCUCUUCUCCACCGUCAGGUGCGUCAUGGCGCAGUACGAGCGUCUCUUCUCCACCGUCAGGUGCGUCAUGACGCAGUACGAGCGUCUCUUCUCCUCCGUCAGGUGCGUCAUGGCGCAGUACGAGCGUCUCUUCUCCACCGUCAGUUCGCAAGCGAGCGUUACUGACAAUUCUGCCGUCCUUGCAGGGCAGGUUCUCGAGCACCGCGAGGUCACAAAUGAAGAUCUUCUUCUGCGCCAGCGCCUCGUCCAGCGUCUGCCCCUCCAGGAACUCUGCUACCGUCUCGUGGCAGGCAGCGUGAGCGACAGUGAGCGCAGUGUACCGGCGCUCACGGGGCUCCCCAGGACGCAGUGGGCGACGCUGAUGGAGCAGCACUUCGCUAAGGGCAUCAACAGGGACAACCUGGACAUCAUCCACCGCGCUGCCUUCAUGGUGGUGCUGCUGGACGCCCCUCCUAAGGACAUCCACGACAAGGGCAAGACGCUUCUGCAUGCUGAUGGCCGCACCCUCUGGUUCGACAAGAGCCUCAACGUCUGCUUCUUCCCCGACGGCCAAUGUGGCUUCAACGCCGAGCACUCGAUGGCCGACGCGCCCGCCCUGGGACACGUCUGGGAGUACGCCAUGACUAAUGAGGUGCUGGAGAAGCGCUACCUGGACAACGGGGAGGUGAUGCCUCCCCCGCGGGAGUUCCGUCAGGGCCCCCACAGUCCCCCACGCCGUAUCAUCUGGGACAUGACGGAUGCCCUCGCCCACAGCAUCACCCAAGCCGCCCAUGCCAACCUCCAGCAAGCGGACGACCUGGACCUGUUCAUCGAGCACCACUCCGCCUUCGGGAAGGGCGUGCUGAAGAAGGCCCUCAUCAGCCCCGACGCCUUCGUGCAGAUCGCCCUUCAGCUCGCCUACUUCAGGGACUCCGGCGGCCGCUUCGUGCAGACCUACGAGGCCUCGGCCACACGUCUCUACCAGCACGGCCGGACCGAGACCGUCCGGUCCUGUACGAGGGAGAGCUCUGCCUUCGUCAGGGCGAUGAGCGAGGACACGGUGAGCAGGACGCAGAAGCUGGCGCUGCUGAGGGAGGCCGGGGAGAGGCACCAGAGCCUCUACAAGGCAGCGAUGAACGGCGAGGGCAUCGACAGGCACCUCUUUGCCCUCUACGUCGUCUCUAGGGGCCUCGGAUACGACUGCGAGCUGCUGGAGAACGUAAUCAAGCGGCCGUGGACGCUGAGCACCUCCCAGCAGCCCCAGCAGCAGGUCACCAACUCCAACCUUCCUGACAUCAACUUUGAGCCCUUCAGGAAGAUGGCACCCCAGUUCACAUUGAAGCCCUUGGUUGGCAUUGUGGCCCCUGAUGUGGAGAAGUGCACGAGCUGUGCAGAGGCUCUUGUGUUCUGCACAGCUUACCAGGCUGCGUGCAUUUACCUGCAUGCGGUGCUAGUGCUGGGCUAG